UGUCAACUCAACGUCGUACGUGGUUACAGACAGACCCAAACAGUGUAAGAAGACUCCGCCAGGAAUGCAUCAGCAAAAUGCGGAGUCUACCGGUCAACACGUCAAAUACAGUCCCCGACGUUUGAAUCUCUAAGUCUUGCACAUGAAGCUUGAGGUGAAGGGCUUAAGGUUAAACUAAGCCUGCGUUUGCAUCAGCACAUUUGCACGGUGCCAUUCUCUGAGGCACUCGUUUGUCUAUAAGAAUACAGCAUGGCUGAUAUCGAGUCCUCCUUCGAAUUUAGCUCAUCUUUGACCAGCUCUUCGCUGCCUCCGCCGCGGACUCGAAUCUUUAAGAUCAUCGUGAUAGGAGACUCUGGAGUUGGCAAGACUUGCCUCACCUAUAGAUUCUGUGCAGGCAAGUUUCCAGACAAGACUGAGGCCACUAUCGGGGUGGAUUUUCGGGAGAAGGUUAUUGAAAUAGACGGCGAGAAAAUCAAGGUCCAGUUGUGGGACACCGCAGGCCAGGAGCGCUUUCGAAAGAGUAUGGUGCAGCACUAUUACCGCAACGUCCACGCUGUGGUGUUUGUCUACGAUGUCACCAAUGCCGCUAGUUUCCGAAGUCUUCCGGCGUGGAUCGAGGAGUGCCGUCAGCAUGCCUUGGGCCAAGAGGUGCCUAGAAUCUUGGUCGGCAACAAAUGCGACCUGCGGCAUGCCGCUCAAGUAAGUACCGACGUAGCGCAGCAGUUCGCUGAUGCACACUCAAUGCCUCUGUUCGAGACCUCUGCCAAGAACCCCUACGGAAACGACGACGGCGGUCGGAAUAAUAGUGACCACGUGGAGGCCAUUUUUAUGACGGUGGCGCACAAGCUGAAAUCUCAGAAGCCGCUGGUGUUAAGCCAACCACCGUGCAGAUCAGGAGAUACUGUCACUCUCAGGAGACAGGACGAGGAGGACAGGGGAACUUGGGGCUGUGGAUGUUGGAGGAGCUAAUGAAGGAAUCACCACUUACAGGAUGGAGAUGACAAAGGUGAAGCACUUUUUAAAGAAGCAGAUUCAGAGGUGCUUUUGUGUUAUCCAUGAAGGGUUGAGGACACAAGAACAUCUAUUCUCAAGAUUUCUUUUUGUACCUGAUCUGGCCAUUAUUUUAAAGGGAAAAAACUUUCCUCCAUCACUCAAACCAGAGGCUUUGAGAAGUUGCAUGUAGGCCCAUUUGCCUUACAUAUACAAGCUUCAUCUAUUAUGUGUCAGCCUGUCUAGUUCAUAUCAUAUGCCACUGCCAAUCAUGCAUUACAUUUUCUAGAUUUUUGCAGUUCUGCAGGUGAAUUGAACAGUGAAACCUUCAUGCAUAACAUGUUGCCUUUUUCAUCAUAUUUUUUAAACAAUUUUUGCCGCAAUUAGAUAAACUAUUCUGUUAAAUCACUUCAGCCUCCAAGGUAAUUCUGGUUUAGUGUGUGUUUGUUGUUUGUUCUCUCAUUCUAUGUCACCCACACACAUGCAGACACUUCCUGUGAAAGUUGUCAGUUCUCUCAAGAGAAAAGAGAAACCGACGAAAAAAACACUUAAAUGCAGGUUAUUUAUUAGUGCUGCUAAUAGAUAUUAGACAAAUGUGAGAUGAAUUUAAAAGUAAAAUAAAGCUGAUAUACUUUUUUUUCCCCCCAAAAAAGGAGCCAGUCCUAGUCCACUGCCAGUGUUUUAUUUAUUGUCAAUUUAUUUUCUUCUAGCAGCCAUUCAUCUGAAUAAAAUCUACUGUAAAGACAUCUGGGUUAUGCAUGAUAACCAGUCCUUCCUGUGAAUCAUGUCAAAAUGUUGAUAAGUUACGU